CUCACUACUCACCGCCACAUCUCAUGUCUCCGCCUGCUCCGGGAUAGGUGGAAGCCUGAAGAGUCCGGGCGAAGAUGCUGGAAAACGGGAGGAAGGUGUUCAAGGAGGGUCUGCUGGAGAAGCGCAGCGACGGGCUGCUGCAGCUCUGGAAGAAGAAGCACUGCGUCCUGACCGAGGAUGGCGUGCUGCUGCGGCCGCCGAAGCAGCAGCAGCACGACCAGCAGCACCACCACCACGGAGGAGGAGGAGGAGGGGACGCCGGCAAAGUCAAGGAGCUGCACUUCUCCAACAUGAAGACGGUGGACUGCGUGGAGCGGAAGUCCAAGUACGUGUACUUCACGGUGGUCAUGGCGGAGGGGAAGGAGAUCGACUUCAGGUGCCCGCAGGACGAGGGCUGGAACGCGGAGAUCACCUUGCAGAUGGUCCAGUACAAGAACCGACAGGCGAUCCUGGCCGUCAAGUCCACCCGGCAGAAGCAGCAGCUGCUCGUCGUGCAGAUGCCCGGACAGAAGACGGUCCGCAGCUCGCCGCACGUGGCGUGACCUGCGGCGAGACCCCCGGACAUUGGCGCACCAAUGGCGGUUAAUUGGACACUGUUGGAGGAUGAAAAUCGACAAGGGCCUCUCCCUGCGGCUUCACCACAUACCUCCACUCUCCAGGAGAACCCCUCUUCCAUGCGGUGGUGUCCACAUACCAGCGUCCCCCUUUUCAAUGGAGAGACUUCUUUUCACAAAAGACUGAUGGACAAAAAGCAUGACGGUGGGAUCUAGUUCUGUCAGGAAACAUUAUUAUCUAACUAUGGCUCAUGUUAUUUCCUUUUUUGCUGGAAAGUGUUUUUCCCACUGCUUUCCCCCCUUAUACCAGUGUACCACAGCCAAACCAACACAUGCCAUGGUGUUGUUGUCAUCUCCCACACAGGGUAAUAGCCGUGCCCUUUAUCUAAUGUGACUGGUGCGAUACUUCUCCAACAUGCCUUCCUGUUGCCAUCAUUACACAAACAGUUAUAGCUGUGCCCUUUGUAGCCACUGUCCAAUUUCUUAUUUCAAUGUGAGAUCUAUUUUCAUACCUCGAA